UUCAUUUCCAUUGUGUUUAAACUUGCAGUUUGCUGCUAAACGCGGGGACUAUGGUGAAUCUGGGCAUCGCUGUGAUCACCGCGUUCCUAAUAUCAGGCACCAGUGGUCAGACAGUGCAGACCGAAGGUGACAGGUCAGGCUAUGUGGGUGCUCAAGUGGAGCUGCGCUGCCAUUUUGCCAACAGUAAACCACCCGUGAAGAUCUCCCAGGUCACCUGGCAGAAGUUCCUUAAUGGGACGAAGCAAAACGUGGCUAUUGCCAACCCAGCGCUGGGCGUGUCUGUGCUCCCGGCCUUUAAGGAUCGAGUGAGGUUUAAAAACCCUGCGGUGCGCCAAAGGACGCCUUCCCUGGAGGACACCACUAUCAUCUUUAAUGACUUAAAACUGUCUGAUGAGGCGUCCUACAUCUGUGAAUACACCACCUUUCCAGCUGGGAACAGGGAGAGCAUGGUCAACCUCACCGUCUAUGCUCGGCCGAUGAUCCAGACGAGUCUGCCCACACCCACCAUAGUGGCAGGAUCCAAAGACCAGAAAAUUACCGUGGCCACGUGUGUCUCGGCCAAUGGGAAACCACCUAGCGUGAUCACGUGGGACACGGAGUUGGACGGAGAAGCUAAAACCCUGGAGAUCAGAAACGAUGAUGGAACCACCACAGUACGCAGCGACUACAUGGUCUCACCCAGUCGAAAAGCUCACCAGCAGAAGCUGACCUGCAUCUCCACCUACAACGAUGAGCAGUUCACGGAGAGCGUCGUGCUGAACGUUCAGUACGAGCCGGAGGUGAUCAUCGAGGGGUUCGAUGGAAACUGGUAUUUAAACCGGGAGGACGUUCAGCUAACCUGUCUUGCUAAUGCUAAUCCUGCCAUCUCAUCAUUUCAGUGGAGAUAUCUGAAUGGCUCCAUGCCGAAUACAGCAGAGCCCCGUGAGAACAUGCUAAUCUUCAGUGGUCCUGUGGGCUACGAGGUAACCGGCACAUACGUGUGUGACGCCACCAACAGCAUCGGCACAGGCACGGCAUCGGUGGAGGUGACUGUAACAGAGUUCCCUAGUUUCUCUCACGAGAUGUCCGAGGAGCAGCAGCGAGCCGGCGCUGCCAUCGGCGCAGCUGUCGUGUGCGGCACGGUGCUCCUGGCAGCCAUCAUACUGCUGGCAUUCUUUUUCCUUCGACAAAGACGUACAUUUAAAGGAGACUAUAGCACCAGGAAAAAGGACUUUGGGAACGGCUUCGGCCAAUCAGGCAGCCUGUCCUCGGGUCCUUCACUGCCUCAGAGCCCUUCCUCUCCUGACGACGAAGAAAAGAAGCCGGAUCUUCACGCGGACCACGGCUUCUUUAAUGAGAGUUUACACGAGUUUUAUAAUUAUCCCGGCAGCAGGAUGAUGAACGACAGAAGCCGCUUCAGAUACGGUGAAUGCUACGCCAAUGACAGUGGGACUGAGAUGGAGGUUUCGGUGGAUAUGGUUCCUCAGAAAGAUGGCUCUAUCAUUUCUAAAGAGGAGUGGUAUGUGUAAAAAAACACAUUGGGAACGUUUCUGCUUAUUUAUUCAUCUACUAAACCACAUAAACCUACAGUCUCAGACCACUCCAGUGAUUAGUCAUUCUAAAUAUAUAAGGUUUUUAUUUAUCUUUAUUUAUAUUCAUUCCUAUAUAGAAUCCAGAAUAAUGAACAUUGUUUGACAGAUGAAUUUUGGAAACCCUGUCUCUGAUUUGUUGGACACUACAGCAGCUGGUAAAUCAGACUUUUGUUGGACGUUAUCAUGACAGUAUUAACAGAGCGGAUGAUGUACAAAGCACUUUCUUUACUGUGAAUAUUUUGCACUGGUUAUGUUAUUUUGUGUACAUGCUGUAUUUCAUUCUACUUCAUUAUUGUAACAGUGUUCAUGUAAAAAGUGACUUU